GGGUCUCAGAUUGCGUUAUGGUGUGAGGCUGUCAGCAGCAGCAGCAGCAGUAGGUUGCAACCAAGCUUUAGGAUUCCUGCACGUAUUUCAUCACAUGAGCCACUGGAGACUUUGCAUUUGUCCAAACUUUGUAUUUGGAUCGUGGUGCCACUAAAGUGUAGUGGUGAGUGAAGCUCGGCAUAUAACUUUACAGUGGACUUUCAAACUUCUUUGGAGUGUACACCGUCAUUGCUUCAUCCUUUGCGGAUUGAUUAUCUGCGUGUACUUGAACGCUUGUUUUUUUUUAAGAUAUUAAAAAAAAUGUUAGGCAAGUGGCCAGUUUUCCUCUCGGUGGUGCUCUGCUUGGUCCGGCCGCUCAUAGCUAAUGAGUGCACGCCGUGCCAUCUCCGGACUUGUCCCGUCAAGACGACACAAGGCUGCAACGGUGGCCGGACCCUCGCCAAGGAUCCAUGCGGCUGCUGUGAGCACUGUUCCCGGCUGGAGUGGGAGCCGUGCGGCGGGCAGGACUGGAGCCUCGGCUACUGUGCUCUGGGGCUGACGUGCGCCUCUUUUAACUCGACAGGAGCUGCCAUCAUCCCUGAAAUUGGUGUUUGUAAAGAGCUUCCCGAUCAUCCAGAGGCCGGUCUUGAGGAUGAACGAUGCCCACUGAUGACAGGAUGUGAUAGAGCGGAAGAUCAGUGUGUGUGUGAUGCCAGACACACCUGCUUGGGCUUUUUCACCUACCCAGACCAGGAGACCUGCAUGAAGGCUCAUUCAGACGGUCGCAACCAGGAACCCCGGGAAAGACACAGACAGAAGUAUGUGGGACCGUCAGAUCCAGCCUGCAUGUUUUCUGGAUGUAACCUGACUACUGACGGCUGUGUGUGCGAGUCUCACAGCUGCAGCCACCACUUCACCUACAUCAACCGCAGCCAGUGCCAAGAAGCCGCAGAGGAGCUAAAGUGUGCCGGAGUGAUCUGCCCUGCUCUCCAGGUUCCUUCCUGCCCCAAAGGUUCAGUUUUGACCAAGAGUUACACGCCCCCUGCUGGUUGCUGCCCUUCCAUACCAAAGCAGUGCACCUGUGACCUCCGGGCCUGCCACCAGUCCCACUGCCCGAGCGGACAGCGUGCGGUGCCGCUCAGCAAGGCCACCGGUCAGCCCGGUGACUGCUGCGAUGUUGUUGAGUGCCAGAAAGUCUCUCUUAAGUGUGUUCACAACGGGAAGGAGUUUUCAGAUGGGGAGGUGUAUCGCAUGAACCCUUGCUGGCUGUGUCAGUGCCGGGGAGGAAUCUCCUUCUGCUCAAAGGCUGAGUGCGCCGAGCUCAACUGUGAGAACUUCUACAUUCCUGAGGGAGAGUGCUGCCCUGUCUGCAUAGAUGUGGAAUUAUUGUCAAUGGACAGCACAAAAGCCAGCUGCUGGGUGAACAACAAGCUGCGCGCCCACGAGGAGCAAUGGAAAGAGGACGACUGCACCUUUUGCCAGUGUGUGGAUGGCGAGCCGCACUGCACAGCCAUGGCCUGCAAACAAAGCUGCCAGAAUCCAGUCAAGAUACCCGGAGAGUGUUGCCCCUUCUGCGAAGAGCCUUCUUAUGAAACAGUCAGCCCCAUGCUCUGUCCUCCUCUGGAAAACUGCAGUCUUUCUGAGAAGGACUGUCCUUACGGCUUCUAUCAAGACACCAAUGGAUGCCUGCUCUGCCGAUGUCUCAACAAUGACUCCUGCCCUGACCUGGGAAAAUACUGUUCCUUACAAUGCCCCAUGGGAUACGAGAGGGACGACUUUGGCUGUGAGGUGUGCGAGUGCAGCAUCCCUGUGCCCAGGUGCCGACCCUUGACCUGCACCAAGACCUGCCCCUAUGGAUAUGUUCGCAACAAGCACGGCUGUGAGAUGUGUCGCUGUGUCAAGUGCCCUCCCUUCACCUGUGACAAGCACUGCAUUGAUGGCUACAGGCAGAACAAGAAGGGUUGCUCCAUCUGCAUGUGUAAAGAGAGUGUCCAGAGCCCCAGCACCACCGCCCCUGUCCCAGUUCCCAGCUUUUGCUUUACCACUAAUGGCCACCGAUACGAGGAAGGUGAAAGCUGGCACGAUGGCUGCCGUGACUGCUACUGUCAUUCUGGAAGGGAGAUGUGUGUGCUGAUAUCUUGUCCUGUGCCCAGCUGCUCUCAUCCUGUAGUGAAGCCUGACCAGUGUUGUCCUACGUGUGAAGAUGAGUCAGGUAGCGGUCUGCCUGAGGGGAUGGACAUGGUGGUGUGCAGAGCCCCUGGAGGGGAGUUUUAUGUGGAGGGGGAGACCUGGGACCUGGAUGAGUGCACACGCUGCACCUGCAGACAGGGACGUGUCCUGUGCGACACUGAAGUUUGUCCCCCGGCUCUGUGCCAGACACCUACCAAGAACAGGGACACCUGUUGUCAUGCAUGUCCUGAUAAGACGCAGGGCCCGCUGCUUCCAGUGAACACCAGCCAGCAAGAGUACUGCAUAACCAGCGAUGGAGAUGUCCUGCUGGCGGGAGACUCCUGGAAGACCAACGCUUGCACCAGCUGUACCUGCAACAACGGCACCAUUCAGUGUUUCUCUCAGCGUUGUCCACCUGCCAACUGCAGGGUGCCUGUCUUACGCAAGGGCCAAUGUUGCCUGCACUGUCUCGAAAUGACGACAUCUGCACCAGUCUUGCUGUCGACCAUCGCCCCAAAAGCAAAGAUCACUACAAGUGUACAGCGGGCUGAUGGGAACAAUGCUGUCACAGAACCUGCCCUUGUUGCUAACACAGAUGAGACCGUUUUGGGUGAGAACUACCCCAACCAAACAGAGAUGGCCCUGAUCUACCAAUCAGCCGCCUGGAUACUGGCAGGUCUCCUCCUGGCCAUCAUCAUCUUCCUCAUUGUCGCUUUACUCAUCAACAAGAAAAAGAAGUGGGUGCAGAUGUCCUGUUACAGUGCACCAAAUAAGACCGUCAUUCUCAAGCACGUGAACAAGAACUCAGUGGUCUACAUGGAGCCCUCCAAGGAGAACAAGUUUCAGAACAUGAAGAACGACUGUGGGAUCCAUUUCUCCCCUGAGACGGGCUCUCCCUGCACAGACAAGAUGACCAUCCCCAGAGCCAAGCUGGCCAACAACUGGACGCCGCGCUAACAUCAGCCGCCAGCAGAUCGGAGCUGUCUGUCACCUGCUGCCUCCAUGGUGAUUUGUGCAACAACGCACACACUCCACGGAGGCAGCUUACUACCCACGCUUCUCUCUAUGUGACUGGAAAAGGAAGAGGACAUUAUUAAGUUGGAUAAAGCAACAUUUGAAUGUGCGCUUGUGUGUUUGGACCUUUCCCAGCAUGGACAACGAGAUGCCAAGAGGACACACGUUCACUCUGCUUUACCGCACAAUCACUGAGGCUCCUCAGUCAGACUUUGUAACCUUAUCGCUUGUUUUUGCCUCCAUUUGGACGAGAAGGGGAGGAGAAAAGCUUUAGGAUGGGGGACAGAGGUUUACAGGACGCUGCCCCCUGACUUCAUGGAUGUUGUCUCUAUGUCUCACAGGGAGGCCAAAGGAACUGGUAAUCCACCAAAUUGUAACAAUCCACCAGGCUUUAUAGACGCCCUGUGUUAGAAUGUGUGCUUUCCAUUUACUUUGUGUAUAUUGCAGCAGUAUUUGUACUCAUGUUGUUCUAGGUCAACUCUUUGUUUUUGCUAUGUUCUUGCGGGCCAAAUCUUUGCCGGUUGAAAACAUUCCCACCUCCACGCACACAAACCUCACAAAAAUGAUCCACAAGAGUUCCCUCUGGAAAUUUCUAUGUAAGGACACACGCUAACGGAUGUAGAGGACAUUAAUUGCAUUGAAACUUUGAAGGAAUGUCAGAACUCCACGUGUGCAUGUGAAUGUGAGCAAUAAUUCAUUUUUAAAGCCUUAAUGUUACAGACUCACCGCUUUCUUUAUAGCCUCUUUCUAUUUAACCACUUUUCUACUCCAUGAAGAAAUCACAACAGCAGUCAUGUAAUCAUUGAUCACUUCUCUUACAUCACUUACAACUCUCCUCCUUUACUCGACAGGCAUGUGAAAGGAUGCAUUGGGGUUACUUAAAGCCAAAAUACAACAAAUAACAGCUUGAAAGCCAUUUGGAAAACAACAACAGGAGCACAAUAACAAUAUUUUCAAUAUUUCUAACUGCCACCUAAAACACUACAAAAGAAUAUUAGGGGAAAGACUGAAAAGAAAGAAAUACAUGCAAUUAUUAUUAUGCAAUUUUUAUAUUAUGAGAGAAACAAUUUAAUAUAAAAAGAGGAAAAACAUGUACCUAUUGUCUAAUUUAGUCCCAAAAAAUCUUAAUAUUCCAAGAUUUUUUAAAAUACAUUUUACAAAACAAAACGUUUCUACUUUGUUGAAACGUAUUAAAAUAAAUUCAUAAUGCUAUGAGCAUAAACUCAUAACCUUCCUUUGCUAGCCAUCCAUUUUCCUUUCAUUGAAACUAUUAGUUGCAAAACUUAACAGUCCCUCACCAUGUCCUUUUCUCGCAAAAUUCCAACUUUAUAUUCAUAAAAUUAUUUUUUUCCUCGUAAUAUUUUGAUGUUAUUCAUCUAAUGACGACCUUAUUCUCAUAAUUCUUGUACUUAUCAAAGUGGCAAAUGGUCAGCGAUUGCACGUAAUGCAUAAUACAUUACAACAUCAGAGCUUGUUAAAUGCGGCACUUUCCGGCUUACUUUUUUUUUCUUAAUGCCACUGCAGGAUUCUUGGAGGGAUAAACAUGCUAAUCAGGGAUUUGAUGGGCGCAGUAAGCACACAGAGAUAUUAAAGCACUCCAGUAAACACAUACUGUUAAAGGGAUAGCUCUGAUUUUUUGACAUGAAGUUGUAUGACAUCAGCAUUGUAGUUAAUUAACAACGACUUACCCCACACUUGGUCUCCUAAAACCAGUUCUGGUCAGAUUUAUGUGAUGAAAAACGUAAUUCCGCUUAGUUGCUGGGGACAAUUAAGUAAAGAAUUCGGCACCUGAAAACAAUAUGUGUUGAAAAGAUUCAUACAUUUGCGUCACAAAAAAUGCCUUCCCUCCCGCUGUGGAACACGUACGUAAACAAGAUGGCCGCGGCGCUCCGUCGCGGAAGUAGAUGCGAACGUCUUUGCCGCAUCCACAAGAACGCACAGGCAACAGUGCGCAGGAAUACGGCGGGAGACAAAUAAACGGCGAGCAUUUUGUGAGGUCAGAUUUUUUUGGAAGGCAUUUUUGUGACGUAAAUGUAUUAAUCUUUUGAACCCGUAGUGUUUUGAAAAGCCAAACUCUUUACUUAAUUGUCCCCAGCAACGAAGCGGAACUACGUUCUUCAUCACAGAAAUCUGAUCAGACUGGAUUUAGGAGUGGGGGGGUAGUAAGUCGCUGUUCGUGAACUACAAUGCUGAUGGGGAUGUCAUAUAACUUCAUGUCAAAAAAUCCGAGCUAUCCUUUUAAAGCUGGAGGCCUCGUACCAAUCCGAUCUGAGGAGAAUUUCGUUUUUGAAACACUUCUCAAUACAAUGUCUGUCAAUAACAAUGACGAUUCUGAUCCCAAACGUGGUAGGAAAUGAAUAUAUAGACUUUUUUAUUAGGUUUGUUUGGCCGUGAUCAUGAUUAUGUGCUUUAAAAUGAAGAGUGUGAAAGACCCCCAGUUCUUUGUUCUUUGUGUAAAAAAAAAAAAAAAAAGUAGUUCAAAUUAGUAGAGGAGAAGAGUACCCUAUUUAUUUUUUCACAUAGCUUUAUUUAUUAAUACUAUAGUUUGAGGGGUUUUUUUUCCUUGGAGUAUGACUUUUGGUAGCCAAAGCUGCUGUACAUUUUAGACCAUUUACAUCGAUUUGCUAUAUUCAGUACCGCCUUAUUUAUUUUCCUGUUCCAAGCCUUGUAAAUAAGUCAAACUGUAACAUUUACUUAUUUUGAGAAAUAAACGUGUGAAACAACAUGCAGACAUCUCGUAUGUUUAAUACA